UUAUGUUAAAUGCAGAUGGUCAAGAUGAGAUCCCAGGAGUUUCUGAUGAGAGCGUUAAGCUGUGUACUUGCUAUACCAGCUUUGUUAAGUGCAUCUCCAGUGGUGAAAAUGAAAAAAUCCGCAGAUACUCCAUUUAGCAUUGGCUCUGCUCAAGCACAUGAUUUCUUAACAAAUUCACGACCCAAGAGGAAUGUUGAUCCUAGGUGGUACCGUGCCGAUCCAAACUUUCAAUCCUACUACCGUUUCUACAGCAGCAUUGGACAUCAUGAAGGGAUCUAUGAGAUAGACCGGCUCAGGAUGCUGUACCAACAAAUGCGUUACUUGGAGCACAAUUAUGGUCCAGAUGCAUCCAGUUACCAGAAUGCCAUGGGUGUGCUCACCACCACUGCAGCACCCACCACGACCACCCAGCCUCCUCCACCUCCCACCACUCCAGCUCCCACACCGGACCCUCUGGCCAAUGCUCAGAGGAUUUACCUGUGCAACCCCAAGGACCCUUUAUGCAAACCUCAGAUAGUGUACCUGCCGACGGGUGCUGUCCCUGUGCUUUGUGACCCCCGCUCUAACACAGCCUGCCGUCCCAAGACAGAGGAGGAGAUGAAAGCUGCAGCUCCAGUCCAAAAAUCUGCUCCUCCCGCUGCUCCUAAAAAAUCUGCCCCUCCUCCUCCCCCGCCUCCUGCUGUCAGCAUCAAAGGUAUGGAGUACGACUGCGAUCCAUACUGGGACCCUGACUGCCUCAUUGACCACCCUCCACGGGCUAUUGUAGAGGCAGUCCCACCUGAGGCUCAAGCUUCUCCAGUGGUGCCUGUUGAGGUGGUCAAAGAGGAGGAGGUGAAAGCAGAGGAGACUGCACCCCCAGCACCAGCCACAGAGAAAACACUCUACCCCCACUUUGACCCGUAUGAUUUCAAACGUGAUCUUUAUGACCCUUUUGCCUAUUCCAUGCCAGCAGCUGAGCCAGAGGAGUAA